AAAUGGAUUUUACACCUUAAGGUCGAAUAUAAAUGAACAAAUGUGAACAAAUAGAUGAUUGCAUGUCAAGGGAAAAUUUAGCUUGUUAGUCUGAAACACAUGUCAAAAGGGACAUUAAUCUACAAACUUGUACAAAGGCUAGACAUUUAAAACCUCCAAAGGAACUACAUUUUAAUCAGUAUAUGUUUUUCGAUUAGUAAAUGGACGUGGAUAAGAGGUCUGUCCUUACCAAUAGUUAUGAAUUGCAUAGGAUUAAAAAUGCAAAGUCAGAAUAAGUCGGGAUAGAAAUAUUUUUUUAAAGGAGAAAAAUAACAGUGUAUUUUAACUUCUUUCCGUUGGGAUAAGAAGGAUUGAAGUAAUUUAACCAAUAGGUAAAAAUCAUGAAGUGGAAACGAUUAAAGCGUUGUGUUAUGUUAAAGAAUUAAUUUGGGAUUAACGUCAAAACUCAAUGGAGAAGAAGAAUGGCCAAAAACUUAUUAAACAUGUGAAAGGACUAUUCAGUGAGAAGUGUAAAUCGACAGGGAGCAUAGAGUUCGUAUUUCCUCCGUGCAAAAAUGAGAAUGCGGAUAUGUGUUGGAUUUCUAACAGUAUGUCAAAUGUUCAGUUUAAAAAAUUAGGUGAAUCGUCAACUAUGCCUAAAAUAAAAAAGAAACAUAAGAAAACAUCUGCAGAAUGGCUAACCAUGGCCCGGCACACAAAUCGAAGUAGCCUGAGAGAAAAACUACAAGAGGAAUUUUUGUCCUGUAAGAUAUGCUUAGAACCAUUUAUUAGACCAAAGGCAUUACCAUGUUUGCACAGUUUCUGUGAAGCAUGCCUCAAAGACUAUGUUCGUAGACAUCCAGGUGAGCGACCAGGACAUUUUCCGUGCCCUAUGUGUAGAAAAGACACAAAGAUUCCCGCAGGUGGGAUUAACGACUUUCAGGAUAAUUUUGUUCUCCUAAGUUUAAGUGACACUCUUGAAGAGGAUGACGUAGAAACGUGGAACUUAAAUCAUUCGGGAAGUUUUAACCAAGGGACGACCCACUUUUCACCUCCAAAGCCAUUGGCACCUUUGACGCCACAAGAACAAUAUCUUAGAACAUAUGAUUGGUAUUUUGGCAAAGUGAGCCGGCAUGCUUCAGAAGAAUGGUUGUUAUCACCAGGUUAUCCGAAAGGUACAUUCCUUAUUAGACAGGGAGAAGCUGCUCCAGACACAUAUACUUUAUCUGUAAGAGACUGUGAUGAACUUAGAGGCUAUUUAGUCAAACAUUAUAAAAUUCAUAAAGAAACCAAUAAUGAUGGGUUACCUUGUAUAGAAUAUUAUUAUAUUACUCCAAAACGACGGUUCCGGUCCUUACAAGAUUUAGUCACAAAUUAUUCAGAGUCCCCAGAUGGGUUGUGCUGCAAAUUAUUACAAGCUUGUUUAAAGCCACGGUCAUUAUUGUGGGCAUUUGAACGAGGAAACCCUGAUGAGUUCCACACAGAAAGGGAGUCAAUUGUUCUUAUUAAGAAACUCGGCAGUGGGCAGUUUGCUGAGGUCUGGUUAGGUUCAUGGCAUGGUUCUCGACAAGUGGCUGUUAAAAUUCAGAAGAGGGAUGCUGUAACGACGUCUGCAUUCUUGGAUGAAAGUCAAAUUUUAAAACAAUUACAGCAUAUAAAUGUGAUAAAACUUUUAGCAGUGUCUAGUGAAACUGAACCAAUUUAUAUAUUAACCGAAUAUAUGCCAAAUGGACGAUUAUCAAUGUAUUUACGGGAGGGGAAGGGGAAAGAUUUGUCAGUGACACAGUUGUUGUGGAUUGCUGCACAGAUUGCUGAGGGCAUGUGUUACAUGGAAAAGGAAAAAUUUGUACAUCGGAACCUUGGUGCAAGAAAUAUACUUGUUGGGGAGGGUAAUAAUGUAAAAAUAGCCGGUCUUGGGAUGACUAAAGUUGUUGAUGAUCCUGAUUUUAAUUUCAGAAGAGGACUAAAGAUGGCAAUCAAGUGGAUGGCACCAGAAGUACUACUGUGCAACAAAUACAGCACCAAGGCAGAUAUAUGGUCGUAUGGAAUUGUACUAAUAGAAAUCUUCACCUACGGAAAGGAACCUUACGAAGGUAUGGGAUCAAAAGAAGCAUUUGAACUAGUGCAGAAAGGUUACAGAAUACCAAAACCAGACAUUUGUCCACGAGAGGUUUACGAUGUUAUAUUAUCAUGUUGGAAUUGUAAUCCUCCUCCUCGACCUUCAUUUGACUUCUUAAACACAUUUUUACACGACUAUCAGCCAACAUCAUGACAUAGGACUCUACUAAUUGGUUGAUACUUAUUAGUGUUUUGGCAGAUUAAUGCCGAAAUCUUUUUUAUGUGUUCAAAAUACAUAGAGGCAGGGUAAAUAGCCAGGAAUACUGCCACAAAUGUGAAUAUAUUGGGCUAUUCAAGACAGUGCUGUUGGGAUGGAUUCAGAGAGCCAUAACUGUUAUUUGUUAUUGGUUGUAGAUGUUCGGUUAGAUAUGUGCUUAUUUGGUGCAAAAUGAUACCAGUGUGGGAAGAAUGACAACUGUAGAUGGUACAAAUGAACUUUUUUAGAAUGAAAUGUAUUGUUUUUUUUCUAAUUUCUUCUAUCUGUCUUCUUCAUUAGAUCAAUAAUAAUCGAUCCUGUCUUUUAUGAGAUGCUCUUUAGUUUUAACAGACAUCUUCAUGUCUAUCACAUAAUGCGCAACUUUUAUUCAAGUCAUGCAUGAUGCUGUGAAAAAACACUAAACAGUUAGAUAGAUAAAUACAUUUUAAUUGAUGUAAAGGUUUAGUCUUAAAAUAUCAAAUCAUGAUUUAUCAUAUGGAAAAUUUUGUUUUAUUAUUAAACAGAUUUCAGCAAAUUUGAGCUGUGUAAUAUAGGAAACACAUCACAAUGCCUUAUUUAUGCAACAACUAUACCAGAGUUUGUGAUUUUUAUGGUAAACUUUUCUUUAUCCACAUUAACUUAUGAAAAUUGAAGAUUGGGCCUUUUCUUUUUUCCACCUUACUCAGACAAUGGGUUGUUUUGAAAUCAAGGUUGUAAAUUAAAAAAGAUUUAUGUUUCCAUUGCAUGGGUUGUCAAAAUUGAUUUUAUUUUCAUGUGAUAAUGGAUAGUAUUAAUUAAUAAAAUAAUUUUCAAAAGUCCUACUUAACAUGAUAAAAGACCAAUGUUUUCCGUUGGUAUUAUCAAUUAUUUAAUACAUGUGCAAUGUAUAGAUGCUUAAACAAUUGUAAAUGAUAGAGAAUAUUCAACAGGCAGCAGUUACCAUGGUUACCAAACUAUUAAUAUAAUGGAAUAUGUGUUUAAUAUAUACAAGUGCUGUUUAUUUUUCUUUGGAUGAUUUUUUUAUUUUGUAUUACAUGUAUCUGAUUUUUGAUUUAUCAAUAUUUCUCUCUCAAAUCUGUUUGUUUUAUUUUUAUGUAUGUUUAUGGCAUAUGAAAAGCCAUUUAAUUAUUUACUGCCUUUUUGAUCAUGCAUGCAGAAAUGCUGAAAAUAAAAAUCAAUUUUUGUGUCUUUGCAUGAGGGCUAUUUUGCUAAUCAUAUAAUUGGGGUCAUAAGGCAAAGCCAAUAAAUUUUGCUGACCAUAGAAAUCAGUUAGAAAUUGUACUAUAGUGGAAUCAUAGAAAAAUAGCCUUAUGACGGCUCAAUUUAUAUUUUUCUAAAUAAGCCCAGAAAUAAAUUUUAUUUGAGUUGACAAAUCAUGUGUAUUAAAUUAAAGCGUUACAUGAAUUUAAAAUAUUGAUACUUAUAUUGGUAAAUUUGUAUAAUUUAUAAAUGAGCAUACAAACUGCCAUUCAAUUUUAGACAAAUUUUAUCUUGGUCUAAUCAAUCUAAGUGUGCAAUGUAAAGAUGCAGAACAGUAAAUUGUAUAAGCUCAUGCUGCUAUAAAUAGACUAUCACAAGGGACAUCAGUGUUUGAAUUUAUGAAAUGACUUAUCAAUUAGGGGUAAGGUAAACAAUAGCUUGGUAAGGUAAACCAUAGCUUGUAAAUAAUAGAUCAAAAUUGAAAGUACAUAAAGGAUCAUAGUUCAGUUUUGUUUGAAAUAAGAAUAAUAAAACAACCCAUUAAGAGCAUAAAACAUAAGAUUUCUGAAUUGUGAAGCAUUUGGGAUUUUUAAAAUUUCCGUUUGAUUCUAGAAAAGUUUUCCCUGGUCUACAAUCCUUGAUAACUAGGGCAAAUACCUAUAUGAUAUGCAUUGUACUUAAGUCUACAAAGUAUAUUUUAUGAUUGUUCAUACUGUCUCGUUUAAAACAUUACAGGCAAGAUUUUCUGUCCCAUUUCAUUAAUAUUUUGUUUUAUCAUUUUACAAUUUCAUAAACAAUUUUUCCUUGAAAUUUUAAAUCUUUGAAUUUUGUAGAUGCAAUUUCAUAAAUGAAAAAUACCUAAAUUGUAAAAUGCGAAUUCGGUUUGAGAUGAUAUUGUCAUGUUUUUCAUGUCUUUGCAUGUGAUCCAUCUUAAGAUUUAAAUUAUGAGGAGAGGGUGGCUAUUUUACACUAUUUUAUAAUAAUUGCAAAAUUUACUAAAAUAAACCCCCAAAGUUAAUUUUCAUUAUAUAAUUGAUGCUUCUGAAAAAGUUAUGUUUGGGUUUUAAAUGUAUUACUUGCAUAUAAAUUGUUAAAGGUGUUUUUCGUCUAAACCAUACAUUUAAAUUAAUCAUAUGUUCCCCCGAAGAGCCCAUUGUAUCUCUUUCACACACAAUCAUUGUUUAAAAAUAAAACAAAGAAUAAAUUCAACAAAAAUGAUGAAUUAAAUAUUAGAGUGUUUUAUGGCAUAAUUCAACAUUAUAUUAUGUAAUUUUCCUGUAUGGUAAUUGUAGAUUUCAUUCUAAAAAUUAGUAAUCUAACAAUGCAGUUUUUCGGAAUGAUAUGAUAUGGUAUGCAUUUUGUAAAUGUUCUGUCUGUUAAUGAAAUACAAUAAAUUUGACUUCCUUGUCAACAGGCUUUUAAACUUAAAUGGAUACUGUAAUGACGUGGUUCUGUUUUCAUUGUCUGAUUAAAUUCUGAAUUUGUUUAAUUUUGAAGUAAGUAAGAGAAGGAAGUUAGAACUGAGAAUAUAGAUAAAUCUUUAUAGUAAAAUUUGGUGCAAAAAGUGUAUGAUUUACGGUGCAAAUUAAAACAAAUUAUCUGUUCAAGUAUUUAUUUUUUUAAACAGAAAGCAAAAUUUUCCAUUUAUUCUAGCAAUCAAUUUACAUAGAACGAUUGAGCAAAGGAAAAUGUUGUAGGCCCUUAUGGAGUUUAAUCUUCCUUUUUUUCUUACUAUGGAUUGGGAAUGUGAGUAUUGUGGUUACAAAACAGUGCACAGGUUUCAUAUUCAAAAUUCUUUUCAUUGUUUUGAAAUUUGUUGUGUUACAGGCGCUUGUAUUACCUGUUUUCAAGGUUAAAAAAUUUGAUGUACAUAUUUAAUAUGUAAUUAAUUAUUUUUGUCUGUACAUUUCAUGUACAUAUCAUUUGUAUAUCUUUGUAAGAAUUUGUAAGUAAAAUGUUUUCUUUAGUCAAAUUUUAUGAAUAGAUUUUAUAGAACUGUUUUGUAAAAAAAAAAUCUUUAAUGAAUUUAAUAAAUCUCUUUUCCUUUCUGCCAAAUAUACAUUCUAGCAGGCUAACUUCUAUGUUUUCAUUUUUCAUACAUGUGUUUGUUUUUUUAUGUAUCUCAGAAUAUGAAAAGUUAGUACACAACUUCAGUCUUUACUGCUAAGCCGGAUAUUUGGUUUUAAAAUAUUGAUUGUAAAAUUUUAUAGGUUGUAUGUUUGAUUUUUUGAACAUUUUAUUGUAAAAAAAUGUUUUGGGCUUAUACCAUGUUUUGAAAAUUUACCAAAAAAUUUAUAGAAUUGUAUCUCUUUUUAAAAACUUUGUAGGCCCAUAAAUGUUUCCUUCUAAAAAAAAAAGUUUAAUAAAUGUAUAAUGUUAUGUCUGUGAAAGUGCUACUCCAUUUGUGACAGGUUGUCAUAGUGCAAGCUAAUUGUUACUAGUUGAAAGGUGUCUGCUUUUGAUAAUAAUACAUUUUCUACAGCAAUCUCAACAUAUAUGUGUUUUUGUAUGACUGUUAUCACAUUUUAGGCCAGUUUUCAUUUCAUUUAUAUGUUAUUUACAAAUCAUUUUGGCAUUAUAUGUCUCAUUGUAUGAUCAAAACAUAAAUCACUGACAAAUUUAUAUUCUUUUUGUGUAUGGGCAUUUUUAUAAAUACAAAUUCUCAUUUUGAAAAUGGGAAGUUUUUUUGUUUAGAUUAAUAAUAAUAAAUUUCCGGAAUGAAAAGAAUUGGAAGGAUAGAUAUGACAUAAUUUUUAUUCUUCUGAUUUUAGUAUUAAAUAAUAUAAUAUGGUUCUAACAUUUUCUCAUUUGGAUGGGAAAACAAAAUAUCACUUACUCACUUUUUUUAUCAAAAUUUCAAACAAAUAUAAGAGAAAAUCAAAAACUGGUUUUGGUCUUCCAAGCAAAAAAGUGAGCACCUAAGCAAAUCAAAUUAAAAAUGCUUCCUAAAUAAAUUUGUUCAACUUUUAAAUAGAUCAUUCAUAAAAUAACAUUUUUUUAACGGACCUCAGUUUCUUCAUUAUAACACCACAAUGUAUAUUUUUCAUAAAAAUGUAUUUAUAACUGCGAUAAAAAUUAAAGGUUUCAGUAUUAGUGCUUUAAUUGUAUGAAAUCAUGUCCAUCUGCAGAAGAGUCCAAAAAUACCAUGCAUGUCUUUUUGAGGAUUUGUAAUCAAAUUAAGUAGCUGAAGCUCUUUUCAAACAAAAAAAUAAAAUCUUAGGACAUUAAUUGAUCGUAAGUUUCUGAAAUGAACCUUACUUAUUGUAUAUUUUUUUGAUGAAAUGAGUCUUUUGGUGACUUAAAAUAUUCUGAAAUCGAUGUUCUUUUAUAAAUUUAUUUAGUUCAUGCUAGUGUCAUGAGUGUCUUGAUAAAUUAUUAGCACAAUAUUAAAUUUGUAAAAGAAAGAGAAAGCGAAAACAUUCUUCAGCUACCAGAAAUGGGAAUGAGAAAUUAACUCUAUUUUGAUUCUUGAUAUUUUGAAUAUAUAUUACCCGAUUUUGAAAAUAGUAAUAAACACAAUAUCUUAAAAAGAUUAUAAGAUUCAAAAGAAUUUAUUAUCCAUGGUAUUUUUGGACUCAUUUUAUCAUCAUAUUCAUAUUUUCCAAAGCUGUGUAUAAUCUUUACAAGGUUGUAAAUUAUGAUUAUUAGUUGUACGACCUAUAAUUUUUUGAGCUUUUGUUUUUGUUGACAGUUAUGACAUCACUGAUGCACGGUGAUCUUCUGUUGUUGCUGUUUACUUGUUUUUUUUUGGUGCCCUUUUGUGACAAAAAGAGCAAUAAAUAUCAAAUAUAAA